GCGUUCUCAGUAGAACAGAGAAAUACAGUUCAACCAAUGAAAAACGACACACAAAGACUGACUGACAGCCCAAUGUGCAAAAGAAGACAAACUUUGCAAAUAAACAAACGUUAAGAGCAUGAGUUACGGAGUCCUUGAGAAUGAGUCCAUAGUUCUCAGAGUUGAGGGUCUUCAGAGUCACUGAGCUGACUCUGGGUUGGUCUCCAACGGAACUGCCACACAACACUCCUCAGCGUGAUAACCCUCACAGACACCGAUGUUCCCUUGGACCCCGGACUGACACAAUCUAUUAAGUUCGAAUCGCCGUGUGAUUUGCUGAGCGUGGAGGGACUGACAGAAGACUGGAAGUGAAAAUGGCAGAAGUACUUCAGAUGAAAACUAACUUCCCUGGUAACAUGGACCUCAGUGCUGGCUCCGAGCCCAAGGGCAAGGACGAGAACCCGCCAUACUCGGUGGAAACCCCCUACGGAUUCCACCUGGACCUGGACUUCGUGAAGUACGUGGAUGACAUCGAGAAGGGCAACACGAUCAAGAAGGUCCAUAUCCACCGGAGGCCGCGGGGCUGCAGCUACACUGGUUCGUGGUGGACCUCCACCGAGUCGCUGUGCUCCAACGCCAGCGGCGACAGCCGGUAUUCCUCCUUCUCGUACUGCGGCCGCAACUCCUACGGCUACAACAGGCCCCCACCGCCGGGCGGGCACAACGCCCGGGUGGAGAAGACCCUGCUGGAGACUAGGAGGCGUUUGGAGGAGGACCGCGGGGAGGAGGGCCGGAGGCCGCGCUACACCAGCCUGGGCAGCCUGCACAGCAGCGUGGCAGGCUCCACCAGCUCCCUGGCAGGCACAGGCCAGCCAUAUUCCCGGUUCCCCUGGCAGGACGGCACCCUGGAUGGCCGGUUCACCCCACUGGGGUCGGGCGUGGCCACUCCGUCCACCCCCAACGCAGCCCACCUGCACAGCAUCCGCGAGCAGAUGGCGGCGGCCCUGCGGCGGCUGAAGGAGUUGGAGGAGCAGGUGAAGAUGGUGCCCGUGCUCCAGGUGAAGAUCUCAGUGCUCCAGGAAGAGAAGAGGCAGCUGAGUGUCCAGCUUAAGAGCCAGAAGUUCCUGGGUUACAGCUCUGGCGUGCUCCGGUCCAGAGGAGAGCUGCACAUAGACACGCCCGAGGAAGGUAAAGUGGAGGCUCCGCUCUCCCCAACGCCGAGGGGACUGACCCAGGGGACAGCAGACAGCGUCAGGAGCGUGGGCACCUGGGUGAGGGAGAAGGAGCUGGGUAUCACCCCCACUUGGCUGCAGCAAGACGCCGAGCACCAGCGGCACGUAGCUGAGCUCCUGACCAGGAAGGUGUCUGCACUGGAGAAGCGGCUGCGGGAGGCCGGUCGGGAGUUGGAGACCGCCCAGAGGCAGCGGAAGGAGGUGGCCGACAAGGGGCAGCAGGCAGACCUUGGGGCAGGGGCGGCGAGUUUGGCAGCUCCAGCCUCCGAAGAGGCCACUGGCAGGGGAAGGGGAGGCGGUCUGCCGUGCGCCAGCAGAGAGCGCCGAUCGGUGGGCGUGCAGGCUGGGAGCCCGGCUCACUUAUGGGUGGGUGGGGACUCGACGCAGGAGCGUGAGCCAGAUGUGGCCCUGGGCAGCAGGGCAGCAGAGGAGGGGAAGACAAGCGCCGGCGGUGCCUUCAAGGAGGCGCCAGCCAAGCUGGUGACCUGUACCAUCGUGACGACACUGGCAUCCACCUGCGAGGAGGUGAACUCGGUGAUAACCAAGGCCAAGGCAGUGAAACAGACAAGAACAGGGCCGAGUGGGGCAGAGCUGCGAGAGGCCGUGGAGCAACUCACCCAAGCCUCUCAUGAAACAAACAGGAUCGUCCCUUCUGCUCAACCCCCUUGGGUCACCAAGGCACCUCAGGCUCUUCCUAUCGCUGAUAUCUGCAGUGCAGUGGAAACACCACAAACGCUGGGUUCUCCAGGGACAAUGAAAGCCCACCACUUGCCCCCAGCGGCUGUGGUGAGACAGGGAGACACCAACCCGUCGGCAGACGAUUCAACACGACCAGUUUCCCCAGAGGGAGCACAACUAAAGUCCAUUAUGAAGAAGAAGGAAAACGGAGUAAGUUCUGACAGCCCUCCCACAAAGAAGAGCCUCCAGUUUAUUGGUGUUAAUGGGGGUUACGAGUCCACAUCUUCUGAUGAAUCCAGCUCUGAGAGUUUAUCGAAUGAGUCAGACGGUGAGAGCACGGAGAGCGAUUAUCAUGAGGCCAGUGAGAGGCUUCCAGGAGAACAGAGGGAGAAGGCAGAGAGCAAGACUGUUCCAGCACAUCCCUUGCAGGAAACCCAGGGUGUAAGGACUCGAGCUGAGUCUGUAGGGGUGGCCAAGAGAUUGGAGACCCCAACGGAACCCACAGUGGAGGCUGAGAGUACGCAGACCGCCACACAAACACCACCGAGAUCUGAGGAAGAGAAGCAGGUGCAGAACAUAAGGAAGAAAGAGCAUGUGAAGGAGGUGGUGCAGAGGAUGGAGGGAGAAGCAGAGGCAGAAAUCAAAGCAGUGAAAAGCCAGCCAGAGACCGUCGUUCACCGUGAAACAGUGAGCCAUGAGCAAGAAGGAGACAACCGCACGUUUGAGCUGACUGAGGGCCUGGUGUCAGCCUGCGUGACUCUGCAGAAACACCUGAACGACCCAGAUGGCUUCACAAACAAGGACGUGAGGGUGAGCUACCUCACAGUUCAGCAGGAGUGGCUCCUGGUGUCCAGCCCAAAGACAGCAGAUCCUGAGUUGGUGCGCCGAUACCUGGCUGUGUUUAAAGCGAUGUCUCCAAACUUGCUGGAACUGAUAGUGAACAUGGCGGACGGGAACGGGAAUACAGCCCUUCACUACACCGUGUCUCAUUCCAACUUCCCGAUCGUUAAGUUGUUGCUGGAUACAGGCACCUGCAAUCUGGACAAACAGAAUAAGGCUGGCUAUACUCCCAUUAUGCUGGCUUCACUGGCCGCACUUCAGUCCGAGAGUGACAUGCAGACUGUGAUGCAGCUCUUCCGCCUUGGCAACGUCAACGCUAAAGCCAGCCAGGCGGGUCAGACAGCGCUGAUGCUAGCAGUGAGCCACGGGCGGACAGAGAUGGUCAGGGCCCUGCUGGCAUGUGGGUCAGAUGUCAAUGUUCAAGAUGACGAUGGGUCGACAGCGCUGAUGUGUGCCUGUGAGCACGGCCAUGCUGAGAUCGUCCAGUUCCUGCUGGCGACACCAGGCUGCAACGUGACUCUGGCGGACAAUGAUGGCAGUACAGCUCUCUCCAUUGCGGUUGAAACCGGACAGAAAGACAUUUCCUCCCUACUCUACGAUCACCUGAACAGCUCAAAGGCUUCCAGCUCCUCCCCCGGUGCACCGGCUCCCACACAGAACUUGCCUCACCCUUCUACAACUGAAGCCCAGCUGUAGGUCUGUGUAUCACCACCACAAUUUCCCAACCUGAGCUCCUGCCACAACCCACCCACCCCCACUCCCACUGGAGAUCCAGCAGGAAUUGCUCAAGGGCUCCCUCUCCACACUGAGGAGGCCACUUACCCCAGACAAGCCUGCAGGCGUAUUCGACCAAAGUGGCAGUACAGCAGCCUGUAUCUAUCAGCCCGUGGGGGGACUGCACUACAGAGUGGGGCAUGAGGCUGCAACGAAGGGGACCAUGGGAAAGGAAAGCUCGACCUUCGCACUUUCCGGAUUAUACAGCUGCUCCUGCAAACUUGCAUGACAAUCUCGCCGUCCGCCCAUCAGCUUUCCGUAUAAUGGAAGUGUACAGAGCAUGUAAAGGACAUUUGGCCCAUCAAGGCUUCAGUCUAACCAGUUGAUUCUUACGAUCAGUGGCUUCCACUGCUCCCUCUCCUCUCAUCCUCCUGCCUCCUCUCACCCCUUCUUGCCUCCUUCCUUCUCAGUUGGCCUGUCCACCAUUCUGGCAUUCUCAGGAGGUCAAUGUACAACCUUCCAGAGACCAAGAUGGAGGGAGAUAGAGAGAGAGAGAGAGACCGUCCUCAGCCCAGUAGUCAGUCAGUCAGUUCCUGAUGGCCCUUAUUUGUCACAUGGGCAGUGACCAACACAGUCCAGAGACAUGCUGGGAGUAGCCCACAAGUGCUGCCAUGCUUCCGGUGACAAUAUAGCAAAUCCACAACGCACUAACCCUAACCCAAACCAUUUGUCUCUGGAAUGUGGGCAACAACCCACAUGGUCAUGGGGAGAAAAAAUUUCUUACAGACUGUGGUGGAAAUUGAACCCGGGUGGCUGUUGCUAUAAAGCACUAUACCACCAUGUUAAGAUAGAGCAGUCAGCCAAUUUCUGUUCACUGGCUGUUGAAGAGAAACAAAAAAUCUAGUCCUGUGGUUUUAACAUCAAGCUGACUAAUGUGGACUCUUAUCAUAUUCUUUAAUAUUCUUCCCAGGCAGAUACUAGUAUAGUUGUGUUAAAACUGACCGCAAGGCUUUUUCACCGGGACUAUGCAUCACCCUCCACUCCCCCCCCCCCCAUCUCAAGCCCACGCUUCAUACCUCGGGGUACAGAGGGAGAUUAGAAACCAGAGAUAAAUCUUUUGCCCUAUCUCCAUUCUGAGGCUUGGGCACUGACCAUUACUGGGAGCCAUGAGAUAAGUGAAGGGGAGAGUCUAAAGGUCAAAAUGCUCAUUAAAUUUCUUCUGCUGUCAGUAGAGACCAGGGAAGCCAAAGCUAGGCUUCUGGGAGACUGGAAGGGCCUUCAGGUGAAGAAGGAAAUCUGGUAACUUCACAGUGUCAAAUUUCUCCCCAGUUUGUUAGGGGUCUGGGGUAAGAAAACAACCAUGCCAGCAGAAGUCUACAUACAAUGUGGCUUGUGCACAUUAGGAGCGAAUGAGAUGGACACAUAGGCAUCAAAUUCCACUUCCGUUUUGCUUCAGAUGGGUUUCGAAAUGGCACACAGCCCACAGCCCCAUUCAACCCAAUAUUUAUAAAUUGCAAGAGGAACUUAAUUUAAUUAUUUUUGGUUUUAAAGAGGCUUGGAGAAACGGACAGUCCAGAUAUGGAUGGGCCUAGUGCCAGGAGAUGUACCAUACACAGUUGUACACCCUCUCCAUCACCCAAGAACAUCCCCCAAUAUAUAAACUAAAUGUAGUGGAUUUCUUUGUGUGUAUAUUACUCUGCUGGUAUUUACAGGUCCAUUCACCUUGGCCACUGCCUGGUUCUAUCUUCUACUCGUAAUCAGUUGAUCUAUAGGUGUUGCUGGUUUUGGUGUCUUCUGAAAAACAUCAAGGCAAACCCAACUUUUCCAACGUCUUUGUAUUAUCCUUUUUACAGAAAUAUCUAUUGAGAUUUGUAAUCCACAUAUUGCAAUACACCAAAAAGAAAUGA